AUGCAGGUUGAGAGGCUGAAGGAGGAGCUGGCCUACCUGAAGAAGAACCAUGAGGAGGAAAUUAGUGCCCUGAGGAGCCAGGUGGGUGGCCAGGUCAGUGUGGAGGUGGAUUCUGCUCCAGGCAUCGACCUAGCCAAGAUCCUGAGUGACAUGAGAAGUCAAUAUGAGGUCAUGGCUGAGAAGAACCAGAAGGAUGCUGAAGCCUGGUUCACCACUCAGACGGAGGAGCUGAACAGGGAGGUGGCUGGCCACACUGAACAGCUCCAGAUGAGCAAGACGGAAGUCACCGACCUUCGACAUACCCUCCAGGGUCUUGAGAUUGAGCUGCAGUCCCAGCUCAGCAUGAAAACCGCUCUGGAAGGCACGCUGAGAGAGACAGAGGCCCGCUAUGCAGUCCAGCUGUCACAGAUCCAGGGUGUGAUCAGCAGCAUCGAAGUCCAGCUGAGCGAUGUGUGUGCUGACACCGAGCGCCAGAACCAGGAGUAUCAGCUGCUCAUGGACAUCAAGUAG